AGGCUUCAGUGGUCUCUAAAACGCUUCUUGUGUCGUAGGUACCUUCAGCCUCCAGGCACUUGGAUUCAGUGUGCCUUGGAAUCAAGAGAGCUUCUUGCUUUGUGUCUUAAAAAAAUCAAAGCUUCCCUGAGCAAGGUCCGGCUGAUCGACGCGGGCUUUAUUUGGACCGAACCGCAUUCGAAGAGGCUGAAGCUGAAACUGACUGUUCAAAAAGAGGUGAUGAAUGGAGCAGUUCUUCAGCAAGUGUUUGUGGUGGAAUACAUAGUUCAGUCGCAAAUGUGCGAAGACUGUCACAGGAUUGAAGCGAAGGAUUUCUGGAAAGCUGUGGUGCAAGUCAGACAGAAGACCCUACACAAGAAGACUUUCUACUAUUUGGAGCAGCUGAUUUUAAAACACAGGCUUCAUCAAAAUACCCUUCGCAUCAAAGAAAUCCAUGAUGGCUUGGAUUUUUAUUAUUCUUCAAAGCAACAGGCACAGAAGAUGGUCGACUUCCUUCAGUGCACGGUUCCAUCUAGAUCAAAAUCGUCCCAACGCUUGAUCUCGCACGACAUUCAUAGUAAUGUCUACAAUUACAAAAGCACUUUCUCCGUGGAAAUUGUUCCCAUAUGCAAGGACAAUGUUGUGUGUCUGUCACCAAAACUGGCGCAGAGCCUGGGUAACAUGAGCCAGAUCUGUGUGUGCAUCCGAGUGACGAGCGCCAUCCACCUCAUCGAUCCGAGCACUCUGCAGAUUGCUGAAGUUGAUGGCAAUACCUACUGGCGCCACCCUUUCAAUAGCUUGUUUGAGCCCAAACAACUAGAGGAAUUUAUCAUUAUGGAUAUCAAUAGGGUUCAAGAAAAGAAGAAAGGGGCAGGUGCAGGGGCGAGAUCAAACAAGCACACGCUGGCUGAAGCCUGGGUGCAGAAAACCUCGGAGCUGAACACCGAUCACCAGUAUUUCUGCUCUACUCACUUGGGGCACAUUCUGAAUCCCGGCGACCUUGUCUUGGGAUUCGACUUGGCGAACUGCAACUUAAACGACGAGUUUGCCAAUAAGAUGAACCCCCACAACAUUCCCGAUGUGGUAUUGAUAAAGAAGAGCUAUGACCGAACCAAACGCCAGCGUCGCAGAAACUGGAAGCUGAAGGAGCUAGAAAGGGACAGAGAAGGCAUGGAUACCGACGAUGAAAGACAAUACCAGGACUUCCUUGAAGAUCUCGAAGAAGAUGAAGCCAUAAGGAAGAACGUCAACAUUUACCGAAAUGCAGAUGUUCCAGUGGAGAGCGAUACAGAUGAUGACGGGCCUCCACGAAUCAGUCUGGCUGAAAUGCUGGAGGAUCUCCAUAUUUCUGAGGACGCCACCGGUGGGGAGGGAGCAAAUAUGAUGACAGAAUAA